CCAAUUUUAAUACAGUGUUUUUUGCCGGUGGCCAAUUACAGGCUGUUAUAGCUGUAAUUCUCCAUUUAAUUUUUGAGCAUUUUAUUAUUUUUUGAGUGUACUUUAUUUAUUUACUAUUUCGCAUAUUUCCUUUUAUCUUUAAAUUAAUGUAAGAAUUAACUACUCGCAAUAUUUGUUAUUCUGUGAGAGUGCAUGCAUUUUUUAGUGCAAAUGGCUUUAUUUGGCAAUUUCAGAAUUUAUUAUGUAAUUUUAUUUUGUUUUUAAAUUUCUUAAAUGGUUUCAGUAAACUUCGUCCGUUAUUUUAUUUUGCUUUGUAAAAGAAAAUUUUUCUGUGUGAUUUUAAGGCCCGAUUUUUUCAAAAACGAAUAGCAAUCAAAAUUAUUAUGGACAACGCUACGCAUAUAGACGAGCAGAAAGCCGUCCAGCGUUUCGGACAGCGCGUGAUGGACGCUCUGAAAUCGGCGUCGGUUUUCAGCGGACAGAAUCCAGCCGAUGAGCGGUCGGGGGAUAAACCGGACGAUCAUUACGUCAGUUUCAGUGGUGUUAAACCGGAGCCGCUCUUCAGUCUCCUGCAUCCCGACAGCGCCAACCGAAUGCAGACGCCGCUAACGGUGUCGGUCACCAGUGAGGAUGGCAAGAAAGCCGAUUUCGAACACCGCUUCCCGCGUGCUAUGUCGCUGAUGGACCAACUGUCGCCGCAGCGCCAUGACUCCAUCCACGAUAUUAUGCAUUCCAGUCUGCAUGGCCAAGAAGAGGAGCUGUCGACGCACAUCAGCGCCCUCUACGGUAUCCUGGUCACGAUGACCGGCUUCCUGUUGGCGGUGUCCUCCACGCUGACCACCAAAAUGGAUCCUAAUUAUGCGCGGUGGUACGACUUCUUCCUGAUGGCCAUCAGUAUCCUGUGGAUCAGCUUCGCCUUCCUGUGGAUGUUCCGACAACGCCGACCGCGGCGUCGUGACCGGCGCUCGCCCAGCAGUGUCAGCCGGAUUAUGGCCACGAAUGACGUGUACACCGGCAGUUUCUACCUGAAACUCGGCGCCACCAUGUUCGCCGUGGGCGCCGUUAUUUAUUCGUGCAUGCAGCUGGGCGUGUUCAUCGAGAAUCGCUCCUGCUUCGGCAUCGUCAUGGGACUUAAUCCCUGUAUCUCCAUCAUCUUCAUCCUGCUACAAUUAUAUUUUAUCUUUAAAAAUUCCCAGUUUAAAAUCACGAAAUUCCGCGCGGUGAGCCGGUUCGGGCUGGCGCACCUGAUCGCCACGGACCUGUGCAUCUGGAUGCGGACACUGAUUGACGAGACGAUGCUGGAGUUUGACGACAUCGAGAAGGCGGAGAACAAGAGCAUCGAGCUAGGCCUGGAGAUCGUCACGUCGCCGCCGGUGCACACGUAUCGCGCCGGCGCCCUGGGCUACAAUCCGCUGUGUGUCAACGAGAAGUCGGCCGUGCAGGAGAUGAUGAGCCAGUCGGUGAUGUUCCUCUUUCCCUGCAUCAUCGAGUACGCCCUCAUCUGUGCCGGCAUCAUGUUCGUCAUGUGGAAGGUCAUAGGGCAGCGCGAGAACCCGGGCCAGAACCGGCCGCUGAUCACGAAGAACACCAAGGUCUUCACGGUGGACUGUUCGCACGCGGCUAACGGACUAUUUGCCGGCAUCCUGGUGAUGGUGCUGACCAUUGUCGGGCUGAUCGUCUUUAUGUACGUCCAUAAGGAGGAAGAGAACAGCGACACGGAGGGACUGGCCAGCUGGAUCGGCGACAUCAUGGACGUCACGCUGAACGUGCUGGGACUGGGCGCGUCCAUCUACUGCGGCAUCCAGUUCGCCACGAAACUGCAGACCGUGCAUAUACACACGGCCAAUAUGGCGCUGGACGAUGGACUGCUGCUCAUCACCAUGAUCGGCGUGUACGGUUACUCGGUGGUGUGGCUGUUGGGUACGUACGCCGAGCCGUACCCCGAGUCCAUCCUAGAUAUCUGCGGCGCGGCCCUGGAGAUCCUGCAGUCGACGGCGCAGACGGUGUUCCUCUUCGACGCCAGUAAGCGGGUGUGCGUGCGCGCCGUCACGCCCAACAAUAAGGUCACCGGCUCCGUUAACACCGAGAAGCCGGCGCGCGAGAUGGUCAUGUUCCUGCUGGCCACCAAUUUCGCGCAAUGGACGCUGAAUGUUCUGCUGACGUUGCGAGCCGAUGCAGCGCCGGGGCCACGCGAAUUCUACGGUGCCCACCAGUGGGCGGUGCUGCUUCACGCUACAGUUCCCCUGACGAUAUUCUACAGGUUCCAUUCCACGGUGUGUCUCUUCGAUAUCUGGAAGCGCGCCUAUAAAAUCCCGUCGGGCCAUGAUCACGGUCUGCGCUCCCGACACCAUUCCAUGUUUCCCGAAGUCCAUUGAUCCGCAAUGCAAAAUUUAAUACCGAGCUCGUUCCUGUGUAUUUUUAUACGAGGAUACCAAUUACCAACGCACUUUGGAAACCAUUGCGGCUGCUAUAAUUAUAACACGCUGGCGAUCAGUAUUAAAAAUAUGCGUAAUAAAUGCUGCGUGACGAUCACCGGGUGACGGUUUAAUAUUUGCUGGUUUUUCUGAAUCCGCUACCCACACAAUAACACAGCCGUAUAUAAGUAUACGCGCUAUAACAGUCACACAUACUGUUCGGCAAUUUAUUUUCUAGUCGGCAACGCAAAGCCGAUCGAAACGCAUUUUAAUUUUAGCCGGCGUUUAAAUUCAUCCGCUAUAUGACGAAUAAUUUACCUUGAUUUUAUUUGCCAUUUAUUCGUAAAUUUCAUUUAAUUUCCGAUUUAUCUGACAGCAUUUCUAUUUUGUCGCCAUAAAUACGAGUAUUAUUGAAUCUCUAUUUUAUGCGAUUGCGUUUUUAUUUCGUGUCCAUAUUAUUAUUUGAUGUCGAUUUCAUUUUAUUUUCAUUUUGCCUUCAUAUUAUUAUCUGUUAUUAAUUUUAUUUGACUGCAUUUCAUAUUUUGUGUGUUCAUGUUAUUAUUUAAUUUCCAUUUUGGUUUAUUAUACAAUCAUUUUAUUUUACCUUACAUUACGACUGCCGGCUUUGCCGAAUCGAGUUAGCCAUCGCUGUUUCCGCGCUGAAAAUUCUACGGAAUAUUUCUCCCUAUUUGUCAUAAAAAUGUAUUCCUCAACGGGAGAAAAAUCCCUAAAAAUCCUGGAAUACUCCAUCAUCCCGGUGAUAUUCCUCUCGAUCCUACUAAUCCGCCCCUCGACCCCCAGUACGGUUACGGCGGCCCGGGCAUCUCGUACGGCACAUACAACAACUGGUGCAACAACUUCGGCAACAACAACAUCUCCUUCGCCACCAACAACUCCGUGGUCAACGACGUGGAGAACAACAUGGCCAGCGUCACCAACACCAACAACCUCAACACCAACAACAACUUCAACUACUCCUUCUACUUCUACGGACCGUUGUGCACGUUCUACGAUAACAUCGUAUAUCCGCAGCCGCUUCCGCCGCCGGCCUAUCCACAGUACCAGCAGCCGGCGGUCAAUUAUGUAUAUAUACCGCCGGCGCCCGAACCCCGCCCCCAACCCGAACCGGAAGUGAAGGAGGAGCCGGUGUAUGAGGAGGAGCAGCCGGCGUACGAUGCCGGGUAUGCGCCGCCGUCGCCGUAUAUCCCGCUGGGUAGUCCGCCGGAAUAUACCAUUUUUAAUGGACAGUAUGCGGAUAAUUACGCCCAGCCGAAUUAUCAACCGCAGGGAUUUUAUAGAUGAUUUUUUUGGAUUAAUUGACAAAUUAAUUCCAAGAAAUUGUGUAAAUCGGUGAUUAAUUUGCAUAUUCUGCGAAAGCCCAGUUGUAUUGUGUGUUUUGUUCCGAUAAUGUUGGUCGAUUAAAACCAUUCAAGGUU